ACAAUAUCACUGGUGCUGAGCACUCGCCCACCUGCCUGCCUGCCCUCUCUGUGUCUGGAGCUCUUAGAGACAAGACAUAGAGUUGUUUGGUUCUCAGAAGAGGAGAUUUUGCUAAGUAAGAGACACAACCGACUCAACCAACUCAGAAAACUGAGUAUCUUCCUGGUUUCUGAACGAUCCUAAGAGACAUCCGGUCCCUGACUCCACUUGCCUCCAGGUGCCCAGAACAGGCCAUCGUGGGCCCUUCACCAUCCGCAAGUGGACACCGUUUGUCCUGCCGGGGCAGGAUGGAGAUGGAUGAGGACCUGGAUACCCUGCCUGCCCAGGGGCAAGGCAACACCAUCAUUACUAAGUAUGAGCAGGGACACCGAGCUGGGGUAGCCGCGGACAUGAGGAAUGAGCAGGUCAACAUCAGGAAAUACAUGAAUCACCUCGGGAUUGUGCAUGAGACGGAACUGCCCCCGAUAAGAGCCCUGGAGGUGAAGCAAAGACGCAAGGAAAGUAAACGUACCAACAAGUGGCUAAAGAUGUUUGCAGAAUGGCCAAAAUAUAGGAACACCAAGAAGCUGUCUCAAAGAGUAUACAAAGGCAUCCCCCUGGUGGUGCGGGGCCAGGCAUGGUCACUUUUGCUAGAUAUUAACAAAGUCAAGUCCCAGAAUCCAGGCAAAUAUAAGGUCAUGAAGGAGAAGGGCAAGAGGUCCUCCAGGAUCACCCACCGCAUCCAGCUAGAUGUCAACAGCACCCUGCAGAACCACAUGAUGUUCAUACAAAGAUUUGGAGUCAAGCAGCAGGAAUUAUGUGACAUCCUUGUGGCCUAUUCUGCAUAUAACCCUGUGAGUAUUCCCGGGCAGCGAUAUUCCUGGGCCAUGUACCCAUAUUCACAGGCAUGGGUGUCUCUUGGGGGUGUCGGCACUUCUUGAAAAUUCAGUGUUCGUGACCCACCAGCUCGUAGUAGGCAGGACUCAAGCUCCCUGCUGGCAGAAAAGGGUUGAAGCCCAGACUCCUGCUGUCACCUUGACCCAAUCACCACGUCUCAGAUGAAGAAAUGACCUUCCUCUCAAGGUGUUGCCCCAAAGCCUAGGAGCUUGGCAGGGGCCUACGCAGGAUGGUCCUCAUAGGAGGCAGGUUUGAGAAGUUGCUGAGGUGCCUGAUGGGUCAGGCUCUUGUCCUGAAAUGAGUUUGCAUCCUGGGGGAGCCUCUUCUUACUGGAAACUUGGCAAUGAUCCAAUUUCCCCUUUGCCCAGACCCCAUAGGAGCAUAGCAGAUAGGGAGGGGUCACCCAGGUGGCUGCUCCUGCUUGGCCCCCACUUUCCAGACCCUUCCAGGCCAGGAGAGCCACUGAGCUGACUGCAUGAGCUGCCCACAUGGAGGACCCAGCCACCCCCUGUGUCUGGCAGGCAGCCCUUGGGCGGUUGCAGGACCCUUUGUGUGGUGGUCAGCGCCCCGCCACCUGCCCUCGUGGCGGGUGCAGUUCAGAGGUGCUGCCCCAGGCCUGGCACAGUGGCCUCCCCAGCCUGGCCCAGGGGAGGGAGCAUGAACAAUCCCUGACUGUGCCCUUUCGGGCCAUGUGAGCUUGGACGCGCGCUGCAGGAGUCCAUCCAUGCUCCUUGUCAACUGAGUUGUGUGUGAUCUGCUCAGUCCUCAUGCCCAGUGCCAGGGGAGGGGUGCACAGCUGCACCUCAAAUCUUCUGGGGCCUGAGGCAGGUGUCCCCAAGGACCUCUGCCAUCUCUAGUGAUGUAAAUCCUCCCAGGUGGCCUCAGCCCUCCCAGGUGACAUCCUUCCACGGUGACUCUGGCUCUUGCAGGAGGUGGGCUACCACAGGGACCUGAGCCUCAUCACUGCCAUCCUCCUCCUGUAUCUGCCAGAGGAAGAUGCUUUCUGGGCGCUGACCCAGCUGCUGGCUGG